AACCACGCCUACCGGUGGUGUUUAAUUCGCAAAAUUCAAUUUUUGUUGUCACGUUUUCCAACAAUCUCAUAAAAUUUUGCUUUAUAAUAUAAAUUUUAUAUUUAGUUUAUCUCUUCUCUACUUUGUCAUUCGUUAAAACAUAUGCGAGUUUAAUAAUUUUGUUAAUGAAAUCAGUACUUGGCAUAAAAAAGCUUAAGACUUUUGACUAUAAAAUACGAUAAGCGGUCUUCUAGAUUUGAAAAUGGCUGCUGACACCUUAGCUGAAGAAAAUCUUGAUACUAUCAAGAUGGGAGAUUAUGUGAUUUUAACGACACUUUUGGGUAAAAAAGUUUUUAGAUUGGCUAAAGUGGAGGAAACUGGAGAUGUUUAUUUCAAAAAAGAACGAAUCAAUUUGAAAACUCUUAUUGGUGCUCAAUAUAACUCUAUUCAUCGUCUGGAUCGAAGUACCCGAACGUUAAAACAUGCUGGUCUAACUCAAGAACAGCUGCGUGAAAUUCUUGAUGUUAGCUUCACUUUCACUGAGUUAAAUGUGGAUGAUGAAUCAAAGGAUAAUCGUUUAAUAAAUGAUGACGGGCUGGCUCAAAAGCUAGACAGAGAUGAUAUUGAGUCACUGAAAAAUCAAGGAAUGUCUGGUGAUGUUAUCAUAAAGACUUUAGUUGAGAAUAGCAAUACUUUUAAAGAAAGAAAUGUUUUUUCUCAAGAGAAAUAUUUGAAGAAAAAACAAGCCAAGUAUUCAAAUUUAAUAAGAGUGCUUAAGCCAAAUCCAACUUUACUGACUGAAAUGUAUUAUUCACAAGGGCCGAUGAAGAUCAACAAUUUACGAAUAGAUUCAUUGGCUCAAAUGUUGACUGCAUGUAAUGUUCGUUCUGGAGCUAAAUUCAUGGUAGUUGAUACCAAUAUGGGAUUAUUAACAGCUGCAAUAAUUGACCGACUAGCUGGUCAUAGUUCAAUGUUCACUUCUUCUGCUUCUAGAGACUAUGGUGAAUGUAUCCAAAUUUAUUUAGACGAUGCUCCUGUUUCGAGUUGGAGACAAUCAGUUGAUGCAUUGAAUUUAAGUCCUGCGGUUAUUGAUAGAUGUCUGUCGGCAAUAAAUAUAAAAAAACUUUACAAAUGGGAAUUCGAUAACGAUACAAAACCUAAAGAUGAGCUAGAUACCGAGAUUGAAACUAAAGAAGACAUAACUCCUAUCGAACCAAAGGAAGUGGACGAGAGUUCCAAUGUAGAUGAACCUGAAUAUAAAAAGCAGAGACUAGACGAAAAGACAAAGAGAAAAGCAACUCGUAUCAAAGAGGAAAACAGAGCAAUUGAUGCUCUAAAAAACAAAGACAUGGAUGGAUUGUUAAUUGUUACUCGUAAUCAUGACCCAACCAAUAUAUUAACUUUUUUAAUACGAUUUCUAGGAAUUGCCCAACCGUUUGCUGUUUUCAGUCUCUCCAUUGACCCUUUGAUAUCCUGUUAUCAAAGUUUAAAAGGUAUAGCAAUAAAUUCUAGAAUAACUGAGACUUGGUUUAGAAAUUAUCAAGUUUUGGAUUCACGGACAAGGCCUGAAAUGAAUAUGUCAGGAUCUGGAGGUUAUCUUUUAACCGGAAUCAAAGUUGACUUCCAAUGACAUCUACGAAAAUAGGUGCCACUUUUACUUUUACUGCUGUCAAACCUUUAAUAAUGUCACUUCGUGAGAUUAGCAUUUGAGCUAUUUUUCUAUAAUAUUUCGGGGAAAUAGCUUUUCUACGAAUCUUAUUUUGUAAAAAAAAUAAAUUUAAUUUUUUGAUUUUUGACCCUCAA